UGUAAAACCUAAUACCACAUUUCACAUGCUUUUAUUAUUGUUACGAUAUAAUAUUUAAAAAUCGGCAAAUGGUCGUAAAUUUUAAACAAUGAAGCAUAAAAGGUUUGAAGAAAACAUAUUAGUUGACGAGGCAUAUACAAACUACGGCAAAGUUGACAAAAAUGCAGACGAAAAGAAAGGUUAUGGAAUUGCUAAACAUUUUGCAGAAACUUUAGAAUAUGCUGAAAAGAAAAAAUGGUAUCAACAGUUACCUGAGGAACCAUCAUCAAAUACAAGUCUGCCAGAUGAAAAGAUCGAAGAACUUAGAAAAGAAGCAAGUAGCGCUUUGCACGGAGAUACAUUAGCUUAUGAAACCAAAUCAAGCAGAAGUGGUUCUUCUGAUCAACAAUGGGCUCGCACUUUGCUCACAAAGGGUACAAUAGGGGACAGGGUAGCUGCAGCUACUAUAUUAAUACAGGAUAAUCCAAUCCACAAUUUGACAGCGUUAAGGAAUCUUAUAAAUAAUGUGAAACCAGCCAAGAAGAAGGAUGGGAUUGUUAUAAUAGAUGCAUUAUCAGAACUCCUAAUCUCAGAACUGCUCAUCCCAAAUGUCAAGUUGAGAACCUUUACACAGCACCCUUUAGAUAAAGUGGACGAGAUGACAUCUGGUAACAAGCAGGCAAAACGUAACGUUUUAAAGCUCUGGUACUUCGAAGAUCAGCUCAAAGAACUCUAUGGAACAUAUGUAGAGGCUUUGAAUAAAUUUGCACACGACUCUGUAGAAGCGAAUAAAGAGAAGGCUGUCAGCGCUAUGUCCUAUCUUCUAAUGCAUCACCCGGAAAGAGAAAAGAUGUUACUCAUGAAUAUAAUAAACAAGCUUGGUGAUCCAAACCAAGGCGUGGCGUCUAAAGUGAUCUACCAUCUCUGUCAGCUGCUGUACAACCAUCCGAAUAUGAAGAGUGUUGUUUUGAUUGAAAUUGAAAAAAUGUUAUUUAGAACAAACAUAUCACCCCGGGCUCAGUAUUAUGGUGUCUGUUUUUUAAAUCAGUUUUAUCUCGGUAAAGAUGAUAGCAAAAUUGCUGAAAAUCUGAUAAGGAUAUAUUUUUCGUUCUUCAAAGCUUCGAUUAAGAAGGGCGAGAUCGACUCGCGGCUGAUGUCGGCCAUCCUGACGGGCGUGAAGCGCGCGUACCCGUUCGCGGAGCGCUCGCGGCUGGCGGCGGCCGACGAGCACGCGGACGCCGUGCACCGCCUCGUGCACCUGGCCGGCUUCGGCGUCGCCAUCCACGCGCUGGCGCUGCUGCACCACACCGCCGGCCACAGCCGCGCCGCCGGCGACAGAUACUACACCGCCCUGUACCGCAAGCUGACCAACGCGGAUAUUUUCAACACGACCCACUCGGCUCUGCUGUUCUCGCUCAUAUACAAGUCGCUGAAGCAGGACAGCAACAUCGAGCGCGUGACGUCAUUCAUCAAGCGCCUGCUGCAGCUGUGUUGCUACAUGACGCCCGCGCAGGCUUGUGGGAUGCUGUUCUUGAUAUCACAGGUCUUGAAGAAUAAGGAGAAGAAAGACGCUAUAAAGUUGGUUUGGAGUAAGAGGGAGAUAAAAGAGGAAAUAAAAGAGGAAACAAAUGAUGAAAAAGAAGAAAUCAAAGAAGACGCAGAGGAUACAGUGACAGAUAUCAACGAAACAAUAGAUAAGACACUAGAAGAGACAGAAAAAAUUGAAGAAGAGAAAGUCGAACAGAAGAAAAUUGAUCUUCUAAAGGGAGAUAAAAAAGAUCUGUUAAUAGAUGACGACGAAGAAGAAACAUACGUUGAUCUGAAAAUCGAUGACCAGGGCAACAUAAAGCCCAAGAAGCGUCGCUCGGCCGCAGUCACGGGCUGGUACCACGCCAGGGUUAAACCCGAUGAACAGGAAGAGGAACAGGAGGAGAAAGAAGUCACAGCCAAGAUACAGUUUAAGAAGACUAUAAAUAUGGAAAAGGUUAUAACUGAUUACAACCCCUACGCCCGCAACCCCGCUUUCUCCGGAGCUCACUGUUCAGCGUAUCUGGAGCUGUUGCCACUCGCAAAACACUACCACCCCAGUGUUAAACUCUUUGCAGAAAAGUUGAUGAAUGAUCAAAUUAUACAGUACAGUGGUGACCCACUCAAAGAUUUUGCCGGUAUACGAUUUUUGGAUCGAUUCGUGUUCAAGAACCCGAAGAAAAGAUCGGACAGACACGACGAGGGCGAUGUUAAGAAGGUCAAAGGAUCCCAUCCAAAGUUCGCAGUGAGGAAGAAUUAUACAGCGAAAGGACUUAAAAGUAUCCCAGUAAAUUCAUCGACAUAUUUAAAUGAAGACGUGAAGAAGAUACCCGUGGAUGAGAAAUUCUUAUAUGAUUUCCUACAAAAGCGACGAGAAGCGAACGCUUCGGACGACGAAGACAGCGACACGGACUCCGUUACCAGCGAGGACUUUGAGAAAUACUUGGACACCGUGACUGGGUCGAAGGCACAAGAAUCAGAUGAAGAUUUGGAUUUCUUAGCGGAAAUGGAAGCGGCAAAGAGGAAACGUCCCAAGAAAGGUGAACAACAAAGCGAUGAUGAACUCGGUGAUGAUGAUGAGGAUGAUGCGGAUGAUAUUGGUGACGAUGUAGGAGUUGACGAAGAUGGCAGCGACGGUGAUUUGGACCUGUCGGGUGAUGAAGAUGAACCAGCAUUAUCGGGCGAAGAUGACGAAUUACUUCUUGAAGACAGUGAAGACGAAGACCACAUUGAUGUUCCCGGGAAGAAAUCGGCUAAAAACAAAUUAAAGAUUAAAGGUAAUGAUGAUCUCGGAUCACUUUUCGCGUCAGCCGAAGAGUUCUCGACGCUGUUAGAAGAAACCGCAACAAAUAAGAAACAAGGGUCGAGUCAAGCCGUAUCGAACACGGACAAUUCAAGUACAAAACAAUUAGCCUGGGAAGAAAAUCGUGAUAAAUGGAUCAAGGGUUAUAAUAAGAAAAUUCUGGGCCACAAAGGAAAGAAUAAAAAAUUCAAUAAAAAUUUCAAUUCCAAUAAGAUGGCGGACAAGAAAAAAGGCGGGAAAAGAAAAGGCGGCAACGUUGACGCCUCCGGGGUUAAGAAGAGAAAGAUGAAAUAAAAUCUUCAACUGUAUUUUUAUUACAAUAAAUGAUAAACU